AAUGUCAUCUUUAUUGUUCUGGAAAUAGGUCGCGUUACCAAAACUAAAGAUGGACAUGAAGUGAGGUCGUGCAAAGUAGCCGACAAAACUGGCAGCAUCACAAUUUCAGUGUGGGAUGAGGUUGGAGGUCUAAUUCAGCCCGGGGAUAUCAUUCGCUUGACGAGAGGCUAUGCUUCAAUGUGGAAAAACUGCCUAACACUCUAUACCGGGAGAGGUGGCGAUCUUCAAAAAAUAGGAGAGUUUUGUAUGGUAUAUUCAGAAGUACCCAACUUUAGUGAACCAAAUCCAGAAUACCUCAACCAGCUGAACCAAACAAACAAAGUUGCACAAAGUGAACAUAGAAACAAUUCUCCUCCUAGUCAGCUGGCUACAAAUGGACAGAUGCAAGCAGGAAAUGGCUCACAAUGUGGGCCAUUGCAAGGGGGACUUCCCCCAUCAAGCAAUAACCAUCAACAUCAGAACCCUAACUUUGUAGGUGGUGGAAGACCCAAUGGACGGGGACCAAUAAGUCAGCCACCGAUGACUCUAGCGCAAGGAUCUGCAGCAGUGACCACUGUUAGCAAUGGAAGAGACCCACGUAGAGCAUUCAAAAGAUGACGUGCCAAAUGUGUAUAUCGGCCUUGUUUAAACCUACACCCUACUUGAACCCACUCGAUGCACUUUUAUUUUUACAUAACUGAGUUUGUAUGUUUUGUUUUAAUCCUCUUAAUUAAGAUGGGAUUUUGAACUGUAAAACAUUGGCUCAAUAGUUGAGGUGAUUUGCAGUGUUCAAGCUGCACAAACUUAUUUUAUGAGCUGAAAAUGAGUUGUGAAAGUAGAGGUGAUUGUGUUGAGAGCAGUGGGGAAAAUAAAUUAGGUAAAAUGUCAAUAAAAUUCCAUUAAAUUACUGAUAGCAUGUAGUGAAAGGCAUUCUGUCACCUUACUAUCAUUGGGUGUGUUCAGUUGAAUCUUGUUCAUGUAUUCUGUGCUAAAUUUACAAAGGAGCUAUCUCUCCAACUGGUUUAUCAUAGUGCAGGAAAUUGACGUUAUGCUCUGGUGAGUUUUCAAAAAAA